AUGGCUCCCCCCUUCUUCGCCAUCGUCUCCGGCGUCGGUUCCGGCACAGGCGCCUCCAUCGCCCGCCGCUUCGCCCAGUCCUACGCCGUCGUCCUCCUCUCCCGCAAACCUUCCUCCUACGAGUCCAUCGUGUCCGACAUUAAAGCCGCCGGCGGCACCGCAAUCGGCAUCACGGCCGAUGCCGCAGACCCGGCCGCCGUCGACGCCGCCUUUGCCCAGAUCGAAAAGGAGCUGCCGGGCUCCAAGCUCGCGGCCGCCGUGUACAAUGGCGGCGCCGGCAUGGCCCGAAAGCCGUUUUUGGAGCUGAAGCUAUCCGACCUGGAUCUUAGCCUCGACACUGCUGCCAACGGCCUCUUCUACUUCGCCCAAAAGUCUCUCCCUCUCCUCCUCGCAGCCGUUGAUUCCUCCCCGCACCCCCCAUCUCUCCUCGUCACUGGCGCAACCGCUUCCCUCCGCGGCUCCGCCUUCUUCAGCACUUUUGCCGCUGGCAAGUUCGCCCAGCGUGCCAUCACCCAGUCUCUAGCCCGCGAGUUUGGCCCCAAGGGCGUGCAUGUCGCCCUGGCAGUCAUUGACGGCGGCAUUGACACUCCCUGGGGCAAGGACAGAGUUGUUAACAAUGGUGUAGAGGAUGGCAAGAUCAACCCUGAUGCUAUUGCCGACAGCUACUGGCACUUACACACACAACACAGAUCAUCCUUCACGCAAGAACUGGAUAUCCGCCCAUUCGUGGAGAAAUUUUAG